AUGUUCUACUACUGCUGCUGUCGCCAGCAGUUUGUGGUGAUCCUCGUCUGCCUGCUCUACAUCCUGCUCGUGCUCGCCUUCUUUGUGAAUGUCUUCAUCGCGGAUCGCAACAUGCACGCGAACCUGAUGAUGAGGACCGGCCGGCACGGCCUUCAUGGCGGAGGCGUUGGAGGAGUCGGAGUCCCUCCGCCGGCGGGCAUGCAUCCGGUUCACCACAAUCCGUACGACAUGCAUGGCUACAACCACUACAGCAACUACCAUCCGCAAGUGGACCCCAAGCAGCAGCAGCAACAAGAGAUGGCCAAGAAGACGCCGCAGCAGCAGGCCGAGCAGGACAUUUACUACUAUUUCAAUCACGUAUUCAGGCGGCGGCGACGACGACGAUGAUGUGGGGGUCACUCACCCCAAAAGGAAACAACACCCCAAAAUCUUUAAAUCUUUAGUGCAUUAACUUAUAUACAUCCACAACACACAUAGAUAUAUAAAUACUAUAUAUAGCAAAGCAGCGGAUUAUAUGUAAAAAGGGAAAUUAAUUUUAAAAUUAAUAGUAAUCCUAAACGCAACCAAGAACCAACAAUCCGAUAUCCAUCUUACAAAAUAAACAAAGCCACAGCAGAGUUACGAGAAAUCCAGAACAGAGUCGUAUGUGUUUCAGCUAUGAAUCGGCCGAUAUAUGACUGUGGUUCAUAUAUCUGCCGCGAUUCCAAUACGAAAUUGAUCGACCAAGCUAACCCAGCCAAGUUUGCAUUUAUCUACAGCCCUUAAACGAAUCAAAUUUAUACAGAUAUUUAUUGAAGAAUAUACAAAAACGUUAAUCAGCUAAUCGUGCGCAGUAGCCAACCAAUCAUAUACAAAUACGAAUAUCUAUAGAACACUCUUCUAGCUAAAGUGCUUCAGCAUACCAAGUUAUUGAUAGCCAGAUUGCAAGGCAAACGUUUUCUAAUUUAAUUAGAAGUUCUCAAAAUACUACUUAUGGGGCGAUAGCUAACCCGAAAUUUCCCCCUCAAAGUUUUCAUAGGCUUUCUGAAAGCUCUUUGUAUUAACCAAUCCAGAUUCAGAUCGAUCUGGAUCGGAUUAUUUAUCCCUACAAUUUUGGCAAUUUAUCUGUGUAAAAGGAGAGGAGAGCAAAGAAGAUAUUGUUCUUGUUUCGGGGGAAAUUCAUGUUUUUAAUAUAUAUAUUUUUUGUUAAGAGAAUAAUAAUUAUAUUGUUUGUUUCUAGUGUUAAAUUGAUGGAUGGAAUAAGGCGAUAUUGUUUCGUUUCACAAAAGAAAUCCUUGAAAGUGCCUUUAAUUUGCUAAAACGUGUUUUUUAGAUAAAACCAAUUUACUAGGCUUACCAGUAAUGCAUAACAGAAUCAAUAAAAUAUACUAUUAUACUGUAACUUAUACAUCUUCAUAACAUAUGCAAGCAAUGCAGAGCGAAUUUCGAACGCAAGUAACGAAACAACUUACAAAUGGCAACUAAUAAUAAUUUAAUAUGUGAUUGGAGGAAUGUUUUUCUAUGGCAAGUCAAGCUAUAUAAUGUAUUAUUAACUUAACCUACACCACACUCACACACAUACAUAGCUAUAAACAGCAAUUAAUAACAAUUAUAUAGGCAUAAUGCAAUUUGAAAUGCUUCGAGUGGAAAAAUCACCCAACAAAUACAUAAAUUAAUCUAAUCCUAUCCUGAAAUAGAAGCAGCGCCAAAGGCUUCGUUUUGUGAACGUGUUACAAAUAAAAUAAAAAAUUUAUGAAAAUUUAAA